CAGCCCUCGAAGUCUGUGGAUGAUCACGCAGAAAUAUUAAUAUGUCAUGCAUAUCUUGUUAUGCGUUGAGCUCUUAUUUGUCUUGCUUUACGUGUUCUCUCACCUUGUCAAGUUACUGGAGGGUCUCGUCUUAUGUGCCAGAAGCACGGGAAGCGACACUCUCCCGAGAUAGGUCCCGCAUAGGACAGCGGUUACAGCGAAGACAAUACUGCUAUUUGAAGCAAGCUCUUCCCAAGUCCACCAGUGGCUUCUUAUGCUGAUUGUUGUAAGAGAACUUCACCCCUGAUCUCAACAUAUAUAUGUCCGAAUAGGGU